UCAACGAUCUGCGCUGCUGACCGUAUAGUGUAUUUACUCUCGAGAAAUUUUCGCCCCCAUAUAUGUGUGUAUAGCUAUAAGACGCACUCGGUGAAGAAGUAAAAAAAAAGAAAAAAAGAAAAGAGAUAAAUAAAUCCCCAGUGACGCAAGCUCCGCGCUCUAUUCGAAAAUCGAUCCUAAUCCACCCAUACAAGUACACGUGCAGGUGUAUAUAUAUAGUCGUGGCGCGCCACCCUCUGGCUUGCGGAGAUCGAUAUGUAAGUGUAUUCGAUGUAUAGUAUAGUGUCCACAGGGCGACAGGUGCUCUCGAGGCGGAAAUACUUAUAUCCCCCCCCCCCCCCACACACACAAACACACACACGUAUACCAUAGGGGCCGGGAGAAGGUACAAUGGGUCGAGUAGCCGGUGACGGUCACUCGAGGCUUUACAAUCGUCCGAGGAACAACAUGGAACUGUACCUGGCACUGAGCUUGUUCAGAAGGAGAAAGUUCGAAGAGUGCGCCAGUGCUUGCACGGAAUUAUUAAGGAAGAGCCCUUUGGACCAGGCGGUGUGGGUGUUGAAGAUGCGAGCGUUAACUCUGCAAGUUUACGUGGACGACAUCGAGGCCGAGGAGGACGGGAUAGCGGAGAGUUUGCUCGACAACGAUACCAUAGCAUCGAUGCCCAGACCGGGAACUUCGCUUAGGAACCCUGGAACUGCACUCGCGGGUCAAGGCUUCAGGCCGAGAACGCAGUCCGGCAGACCAGUCACCGGCGUAGUGAGACCAGCGACGCAGUCGGCGAUGGACUCGUCACAGGGUAUGGAACAGACUUUACGGACGCCAAGAACAGCUUCGACCGCCCGGCCAAUUACCGCCAGCACAGGCAGGAGCGUCAGACUAGGAACCGCGUCGAUGCUGACGGAACCCGGAGGUCCGUUCAUACAACUCUCCCGCCUGAACAUCUCCAAAUACGCCUCGCAGCCCAGCAUCGCCAAAGCGCUCUUCGAGUACAUCUACUACCACGAGCACGACCCGCGCUACGCGCUGGAUUUAGCAGUUCAAGCGACCCAAGCCUGCCAGUACAAGGACUGGUGGUGGAAGGUACAGUUGGGCAAGUGCUACUACACCCUGGGCCUGGUCAGGGACGCCGAGCAGCAGUUCCGAUCGGCCCUGCGCGAGUGCAAAACCAUAGAGACGGUCUUGAGACUGGUCAGGGUCUGCGUCAAACUCGACCAGCCGCUCGCCGCCCUGGAGCUUUGCAAAAAGGGUCUCGAGUACUUUCCCAACGAUGUCUCGGUGCUGACGGAAAUGGCGCGAAUUUUCGAAGGCAUGGACAACGUCGCCAUGUCCGUCAAGUACUACAAGGCCGUAGCUCACGAGGACGCAUCUCACACGGAGGCUAUCGCCAGCAUAGGGCUGCACCACUUCUACAACGAUCAGCCCGAGAUCGCGCUCAGAUACUACAGGAGACUCCUGCAAAUGGGCGUCCACAAUGCCGAGCUCUUCAACAAUCUCGGCCUGUGCUGCUUCUACGCUCAGCAGUACGACUUCACGAUAUCCUGCUUCGAGAGGGCCUUGAGCCUCGCCACCGAGGAGAGCAUAGCGGACGUUUGGUACAAUAUUUCUCACAUAGCCAUCUGCCUCGGAGACUUGAUCAUGGCCAUGGAGUGCUUGAAACUGGCAAUCGACGCGGAUAACAGACACGCUCCGUCAUACAAUAAUCUCGGCGUGUUGGAGAUGAGAAAUGGAAACGCUGUCGCGGCUCGUAUAUACUUUCACGCGGCCGCCAGCAUCGCCAACUACAGCUACGAGCCGCAUUUCAAUAGUUCUUACUUGGCGUAUAAUAGCGGAGACUUACAGACUAGUUACAUUUCGGUACAAAAAGCCUUGAACGCUUAUCCCGGGCAUCGCGACAGUCAAGAACUCUUUCAAAAGUUACAGCAGUAUUUCACUUACAUGUAGAAAAAUGAAGCGCUAUAGAGUUGCGAGAAACCGCGCGCGCGCGCGUGUAAAUAAAGUUUCUUUUUUCUACAGACAUUUAUUCUUGUUGUUGUUAUUAUUAUUAUUAUUAUAUUCUUUUAUCGCCAACCUUAGGAAUUAAUAUGUACAGAUCAUUAAAGGCAAGUGCAUCUUUACACGUGUAAUUGAAAUAUGUAUCGGAUGUGUUCUUCAUCUCGAGAGAAAUCUGGCUUUCAAAGAAAAAUAAAUACUGUGACACAUCGUUUGGCGCUUAAAAAGUACAAUAAAAAA